GAAACUUUGAAUUUGAAGCAUUGAACUCUCUACUCUUUGCAUACGACAAAACUCUGAUGACAAUACAUAGCACAUGACGUGGAUUGACGUGGCGCUGGUGUGAGAUGACGCUCAGCUGUAAGUUAGGGUUCCAACUUCCAAUCCAAGAGACACUGUGCCACAGUCAGCAGCUGAAGCCUAAGAUUUGAAAGCUCCCUAAUAGGCUUUGAUCAGGAGUUCAAUGCAAGCCAUGGUUGCUCUGAACGCUUUUCCUCCCCACGAGCACCUCUUUGAGCCUAUCGCAGAUUGAUUCAUCUACUUUCCUUCUCUUCAGUUCAAACAUACUGUUCGCGUAGGCCACCAUGCAUGCACUGCGCUGGCAGCUCACUCGGUUCCGGGUGGGCCUCAGAAGUGCCACUGUAUGCGUCGAGACACAAUCAAAUCCAUCCGCCUGGAGGAUAGUCUCAGAGGAGGCCAACCAUAAGCAAAGCGUGCGCUUGCUGAGCUCCCUUACAGAAGCACCACGUCAAAGGUUUCUGUUGCUGGAAAGCUGGACUACUGCACAGAGAUGCACCUCUUGGGAUAACCUAUGGCACGAACGGCGAGAGUUUUCAGCACCUGCAUCAAAGCCUGGGCUCAACAAAGAUGGUGUCUACGAUAUUCUGCUCGCUCAAACUGGAGAGGGCAUUGCGGAGUGCGAGGUUCUCAAAUGGAAUGUGAAGGAAGGGCAGGAGGUCCAGCAGUUUGAUCUACUCUGCGAGGUGCAAAGCGACAAGGCCUCAGUGGAGAUCACCAGCCGGUACGCAGGCACCGUCCGCAAGAUCUACUUCCAGCCAGGAGACAUUGUCAAGGUUGGAGAAACGCUGUGCGACCUGACCCCCCUAGGUGGCCAACCCGAGCCUGCCACGUCAUCAGAAGAGCCCGCCCUUGCUGCCGCUCACAAGGCGUCUGCAUCGGAGCCUGUUACAGCAUCGGUGAUAUCCGAGCACGCGCCGAAAGCGGGAACAGGGGGCCAUGGACCUAAGCACAAAGCAUCAGCGAGCCCCGCAGUGAGGGCCUUGGCGAGAGAGUACGGGGUUGAUCUUAGCAACGUGGUGGGAACCGGACCGGAGGGCCGCGUUCUGAAAGGCGACGUCCUUCGUUUCGUGGCAGUCUCACAAGGUGUUGAGGAGACGCGAGAGGCUGGAGGCGUUUCGGACGUGCCCCAGGAUGCGCCUGCGACAGUGUCCGAACCCAAAAGCGUGUCCGUAACAGAACCACUCAGGCCCGAGGCGCCGGAACGGCCGGUUCCUGUUGCUGCGUCUGAGGGCGACAAAGUGGUGCCUUUAAGGGGCUAUCGGCGCGCCAUGGCUAAGAGCAUGGCGGCCGCGAAUGAGGUCCCGCACUUCACCUUCUGCGAGGAGAUCGACAUGGACCGGCUGGUGGAGCUGCGGACGCGGCUACAGGCGGCCGCGGCAGUGGCUGGGGGCGCUGAUGUCAAGGUGACGUACAUGCCGCUGAUCAUGAAGGCGCUAUCGGCUGCGCUGCGGGACUUUCCGGAGGUGAACGCGACGGUGAACGCGGAUGCGACGGAGCUGACCUGCCGAGCGUCCCACAACAUUGGAGUUGCCAUGGCAACGCCCCAAGGCCUAGUGGUGCCCAACGUAAAGAAUUGCCAAGACCUUACCGUUAAACAGAUUGCUCAGGAAAUGCAGCGGCUCCAGGGCCUCGCCAAAGCGGGCCGGCUGCCCGACCACGACCUGAAGGGGGGCACAAUCACCGUGUCAAACGUGGGCACGAUAGGGGGUACAUACGCUACGCCCCUCAUCAAUCUGCCCGAAGUCGCCAUCGUCGCUCUGGGAAAGGUGCAAACGCUGCCUCGGUACCGGGGGGGAGAGCUGCGGCCAGUGGCAGUAAUGCAGGUUAGUUGGUCCGCUGAUCACCGAGUAAUUGAUGGGGCAAGCAUAGCUUCAUUCUGUCAAGCAUGGAAGCGGUACUUAGAGGCGCCUGACACUCUCUUGUUGCACCUGAGGUAGGCAUUCCAUUGGGAACAUCGCCCAUUGCUUCGGUAGUUUCAAAUGGAUGCUAACCGGCACUGCUCGGUGUUUGCUAGCCUCGUUCAGGCCUUUUGACGAG